AUGAUCGAGACCGACAUUGACAUUCUGUGCCCUUCUCAAUCUGCUGUUGCCAAUGACAACCAUUCCAUUGACGAGGAAAUCAAGAACCUGACAACCCAUGUGCGAGAUUGUGUACAAAAACUCUUGUCGACUCUUAAUGCGAGAGCAUCGCUACUCUUGAAAGCCGAACGACUGCAACUCGCUCUGAACGACGCGUACGCUAUGAUGAACAUCGCACCUUAUUCACCCUUGGGUUAUCUAUGUCUUGCUGAUAUUGAUUCGCUUCGAGGACAUUACGCUUCAGCUAUCAAGUUGUGUGAUGAUGGAUUGGAACGCGUAUCGAGCUCUCACCCACAAUAUCAACAACUGGUCAAAGCACGGGAAGCUGCGUACGACAUCAAUAACAAGCGUAUUGACUUUAUCAGCAAAUUGCCAUUGGAUGUGGUGGUACUCAACAUUAUUCCAAGGAUAUUGCAAGGUCGAAUGGUAUUCAACGUUGGGAAACGCUGCACCUAUUUUGAUGUGUGUCGUACAUGGCGACAACGAAUGGCGUUAGCGGAUGGAUUGGAUUAUGAAGUUGGACCUGAUGAUUUAUCAGAAGAUGGAUAUCGACGUGUAUGGGAUCUUGCACCUUUUACGAGAUCAUUGACAGUCUCACAGCCAAGGAGAGACAUCUUAUCGAAUAUCGUUAAACGGCCACAUCAUCGUCUUUUUAACAUGUUGAAGAAGUUGACGAUCAUUGAAUGUUGGACACGGGGAUCCUCUUCUCUGCUUGCAUCUCUACGUUCAUUAAGCAACACAUUGACUGAACUCAGCCUUGAAUAUCGUCAUCCGCUGGCAUCCAAGAACCGUUAUCGGCUUUGUGAUGUUAUGGAAUCAUGCCCUAAUCUCGUAUCCAUUCGAAUGUGCUGUGGCGAUGUUGACAUGUCGUCUGUGACUAAGAUUUAUCCCAAGCUUGUCAAGUUGGAGUUGCGCAAUCAUGCUUCCAAUGUGUACGAAGGAGAUAUGGCAUCCGUUUUGCAUCCAUUUCCGCAGCUGCGUGUCUUGAAACUCUUUUCUGUAUCCGGGUCAGACAUCUUUCCAGCCAUUGAUCAAUGUUGUCCAUUGUUACAGCACCUCAUCUUGUCAUUGCAAUCUCGCGAUUUUCCCCAUAUUUUGGAUACACCAGAGAGACCAGGGCUUCGUGCACUGAGCGUCAUCAACAACAUCGACUUUGGAAAUUUCAAGGAGGAUGAUAUGGUGAACUACUUGAUGGCACACAGCGAGACCAUGGAGGUUUUAGAUAUCACGUCACACUUUGCAUUUCGUGCACCGAACGAUUUACUGCAGCGAGAAGCGAGUCAACAAGUGACAUUCAAACAAUUGCGCCGAAUUUCUUAUCCUUUUGAUGCUCAAGAAGGCCUUGUUUCAUUUAUUUUGUGGGUAAUACAACAUGCACCUCAUUUGGAAUCGAUCGAGUGUGUUACUGGCCCGCAACAAGUGCGCAUUAUGCAAGAGCUAACUCGGCCUCAUCAUCACGCCUGUCUCAAACGCCUUGGUAUGCGACCUACCCGUUCUACUUUGGAGGGAGAAGCGAGAUUGAUACAACAUCAUCUGGAUCUUGGGCAGCAAUCGAACUUGAGAGAAUUGAAGGUUUCCCUUACAGAACAUUUUAUCCACAACUCAUGGCUCCCGUUGAUUCUUCCACUAACGCAGCUGACCACGCUGGAACUUUCUGCCAGAUUGGAUCAAGGGUUCGUCUCCUGGAAGCCGUUCAUGUCAAAGCUCGCUGAUGGAUGCCCUGGCCUGGAACAGCUCACAAUGACAAACGACUCACGGACUAUGAAUAUCAAUGCUGUUAAUCCCAUGUAUCGUCACAGCAAUCUCAAACGCAUCGUGAUUAAUUGCCGAGCAAUAUAUGGUGAUCUAUCCUUUUUUUGCCAACGUUUUACAAAGCUGAAUUCAUUGCAUCUCAAAGUUACAAAAUACAAUUGGGAAGACAUUCAUCGUUUAGAAAGAGGAUCAUUUAAACUGGUAUUGACUCCAAAAAGGGCACGUGGUCCUUCCUAG